AUGGCCAUUCAAGACAACGCAUUUUUAGUCGACUUUUUGAUGGGUGGUGUUUCCGCCGCCAUCUCUAAGACCGCUGCUGCUCCAAUCGAGAGAGUCAAGUUGUUGAUUCAGAACCAGGAGGAGAUGCUUAAGCAGGGCCGUUUGUCCCACAAGUACACCGGUAUCAUCGACUGUUUCAGAAGAACCGCCGCUGAUGAGGGUAUCAUUUCCUUGUGGAGAGGUAACACUGCUAACGUUAUCAGAUACUUCCCAACUCAGGCCUUGAACUUUGCUUUCAAGGACAAGUUCAAGAAGAUGUUCGGUUACAAGAAGGAGGAGGGCUACGCUAAGUGGAUGGCCGGUAACUUGGCUUCCGGUGGUCUUGCUGGUGCUACCUCUUUGGCUUUCGUCUACUCUUUGGACUACGCCAGAACCAGAUUGGCUAACGACGCCAAGUCCACCAAGGGUGGUGGAGAGAGACAGUUCAACGGUUUGUUGGACGUUUACAAGAAGACCUUGGCCAGUGACGGUAUUGCCGGUUUGUACAGAGGUUUCGGUCCAUCCGUUGUUGGUAUCAUUGUCUACAGAGGUCUUUACUUCGGUAUGUACGACUCCUUGAAGCCAGUUGUCCUUGUUGGUCCAUUGGAGGGUUCUUUCCUUGCUUCUUUCUUGUUGGGUUGGGGUGUUACCACCGGUGCCGGUGCUGCUUCUUACCCAUUGGACACCAUCAGAAGAAGAAUGAUGAUGACCUCUGGUGCUGCCGUUAAGUACAACGGUGCUUUCGACUGUUUGAAGAAGGUUAUUGCCCAGGAGGGUGUCUACUCCUUGUUCAAGGGUUGCGGUGCCAACAUCUUGAGAGGUGUUGCCGGUGCUGGUGUUAUCUCCUUGUACGACCAGUUGCAGGUUAUCUUGUUCGGUAAGAAGUUCUAA